AUGUUUUCUAAGUAUAUUUGGUUAUUACCAUUAUUUGUAUCUAUUUUAAUAUGCUCAAAUAAUUAUUUAAAUGACAUUAAACUUAAUUUCGUUGACAAGUGGUUAAAUAUUAUUAAAAAUUUUUAUUUGGAUCUAAAUAAAAAAUCAAAUUUAGAAUUGAAUGUAGGCAUAAAUCAAAAAGUAUUUACCACAACAGAACUUAAAAAAUAUACAAAUUUGAAAGACGGUUUAUACAUUUCAAUAUUAGGUCAUGUUUUUGACGUUACAAAAGGUGCAAAACAUUAUGGUCCUGGUGCAACUUAUCAUGCAUUUACUGGACGUGAUGCAUCUUUAGCAUAUAUCACUGGAAAAUUUAAUGAUGAAGGCUUAACAGAUGACAUUUCUUCAUUAUCUAUUGAAGAAGUUAAAGGACUGAACGAGUGGCUCAAAUUUUACAAUAAAAACUAUAUUUAUAAGGGAAAAUUAAAUGGCAGAUAUUAUAAUAAAGAUGGUUUUCCAACUGAAGAAUCUCAUAAUGUGCAAAAUAUGAUAAAUCAAUUUGAAAAAGGACUUAGAAAAAUAUUUCCUCCAUGUAAUAUAGAAUGGAAGGCAGAUUCUGGAACUGUAGUAUGGUGUACUAAAAAAAGUGGAGGAAUAGAAAGAGAUUGGAUUGGUGUACCAAGAAUGCUCUUUGAAUCUUAUUCUCCUGAAAAAUAUACUUGUGUUUGUGUUGAACUCGAUAGUAAAGAAUAUAAAGAGAAUAAAUAUAUGCUCAGAGAAUAUGCACAAUGUCCGAAAACCUCAAUAAAAUGUGCUGUAAAAACAGAAAACUAA